AUUUGAAUUUAUUUUGAAUAAAUAAUACAAAUAAUAAUAAUAUUAAUAAUAAAGUUUAACUAGAUGAAAUUAUUUUUUGUCACAAUAGGUAUUAGAGGAAAAAUAGGGAAAUUAGUGCUUCUACGUAGUUACGUGAGGAGUAUGUGUGUGUUGACAGAAAUCUUUUUGUGUUCUUCAUAUUUUGUGAUGUGAAUUGAGAUUUAGAAUGCCAGCACGUGUGACAGAAGUGAAAUGCAAGCGUUGCAGAACAGUUAUUUUCACUGAAGAAGCAACUCCACUUCUUUCUGCUCACGGAGCCGCGGAAAAUAAUUCAGAAAAUCUUCAAUGUUCCGCUAAUGAAUCAGAAAAUUGUCUCUUUAUUUCAACAGAAACUGUACCUGAUUGGAUUAAGGAUUGCAUAACUAAGGAAUUAUGGACAAAGGGAAAAAUUAAUUGUCUCAAUUGCAAAUCACGAUUGGGAUCAUUUAAUUUCGUCAAUGAAAUUAAAUGUGAUUGUGGCGAAUGUUUAUUGCCGCCAAUAAGAAUUAUACGAUCUAAAGUCGAUAGACCUAUUGAUAGUCCAAGAAAUUCAUUUGUUUAAUUGUGAGAGAAAAAGCAUUUAAAAAAAAACUGUAUUUUGUUUAUGUCAAUAAAUAAAUUUUCUUUAACAUUAAA